AUGAGUCUUCUCGAGGCCAAGAUGACCAUACUGGCGGAUCAGAUGAAGAAGGAGAAAGAUUGUCUGGAAAGACAGAAGGCUUCCAGGGCUGAGCUCCAAAACGACGUCAAACUCCUGCAAUUUGACAACCAAAAGAAAGAGACCCUAAUCCAAAGUCUCCGGGACCUUGUCGAAACCCUGCAGAAGAACUGCUUGAACAAAAACAGGGGCGCUACUCGGUUCCAAGCGAGAAACGCGGGUGAUCAUGCGACCAUUGCCUCAAUGCCAACCAUCAAAUGCGAGGUCCUAGAUAUCAAUGACAUCCUGCCUUUCUCAGGUAACCAGAAACCAGGUGACCUUAGCAACAUGCCUGUCCUCGGCAAAGGCACCUACGGCAAAGUGUACCUUGGUCGCCAUGGUGAUGACCUUCGACCCAUCGCCAUCAAGCAGCCAAUGUUGCACUCAGACUACCGCAGGGACAUGCUGCAGCAAGAGAAGCUGCUGAUGAAUGAAAGAGCCGCGAAGGAGUCCAUGGUGCAGCAAUUGCUGUCAGGGUCACCCUACUUCCCCAAGAUGAUUGGGAUGGUUACCAUCGGUGAUGACCUCUGCACAGUGAUGGAUUUCAUCGGCAACAAGAAGACUGGCAGGACGUACCCUCUCUACCGAGCCCUGACGCGCCGCUUCAAGUCCAACCCAAAGCUUAGCCUGAUUAACAUGCUUCAGGUCUGUGAGGAUAUCAUCAAAGGCAUCAUGGAGCUCCAUCGGGAAGGAUACCUGCAUAAUGACCUGAAAUCAAACAACAUCUUGCUGGAGACGCGAGGCCUGCGGUGGCACGCCAUCAUCAUCGACCUCGGAUUGGCCAGUGCAAUGGCUUACGCCAAACAGAGGCGAUUCUCCGACAAGAGAAGGGCUGAGUACAGAUCGAGACAAAUUUACACUCACAUGGCCCCUGAAGUUGUCCUGUUUGGAAAGCGCAACUCAGUGGCCUCUGACAUCUACUCUUUCGGAGUCAUCCUUGAGUCCAUCGCUAAGAAGAUCAAGAUCAGUGAGGUGGCGGAAUUGGCGGAGGACUGCACCGAGCAAGAUCCACUCAAGAGGCCGCACAGCAUGCAGGAAAUCCUCCUCCAGAUGGAAGCGAUCAGUGCUUCCUACUCCUGA